AUGGAGGGCCAACAAAGUCGAUUCUCUCCUUCAUACGAUGCCAGCCCAGAAUAUCAAAAGCCCCUGUCGCUUAAACAGCCGGGCUCGUCGUCGUCGGGCCUUCGUCUUGUCCUCCCCCCUCUCAAGGCCGUCCUAGCAGCCAAGGCGAACAAAAAGUCCAAGCACAGAUCAGGCUCGACAUCGUUUGCCUCGUCCCCCGUCGUCCACGAUGUCGGCGUCGUCGUUGAGAAGAAACCACCGCGGCCAGUCAAGCUGAAGCCGCUGAAGGAGGUCCUGCAGAAGCUGAUACACCAGAUCAAGAAGAAAGAUGAUUAUGCUUUCUUUCUGGCUCCUGUGGACGUCAAGAACGUCCCAGGCUACCUGGACGUUGUCAAAACACCGAUGGAUUUUGGGACCAUGACCGAUAAAGUCAAUCGUGGCCGCUAUCGCUCGUUGGAAGAGUUUGCGGAUGACUUUAGAUUGGUUACAACGAACGCCAAAAUUUUCAACCCGCCUGGCUCGAUAUAUCACACGGAAGCUGAGCGAAUCGAAACAUGGGGGAUUGAGCAUAUCAACAAGGCUGCAGGCACUGUCAUCCAAUACGAGGCGGAUUGGAACAUCGAUGUUGAGGGAGAGGGGGACCCUUCGGCGGUGAACAUUGAGGACGACGACGACGAGCAGCGUGGGGCGACGCAAGAACCGGACGAGACCGGGCGUGCAGGCUCUGUCGUUUCACAACAGCCGACGUCUGGUCGGAGAGGACCCAGAGGUCCAUACCGGAAGCACAAUCAGCAAUCAAAUACACUUUCCGAGUCCAUAGAGCCAGAUGGCCGUCUCCCUGGUUCGAAGGACGGACUUGGUUCAUUCCCUCCAGGGUCUGACUGGGCAAAGACGAUGCUUUACCUGAAACUCAAGGGUAAACGAUACAAGACGAAGAAGGAACGGAUGCGUAUAGAAAAAGAAGGACCUCCGACACUCCCGGACGGAAGUUUGGAUUACACUGAAAUGGAGGAUCCAUUCUCUGUCCUAUCAUUCUUCGUGCCCGACUCCCUUACCCGCCCGGCGCUGAUUCCGUUAUAUUCGCCGUUCCAACCUGUUCCCCCUCCCUCGACAACUUCUGAAUCCUCUCAGCCUCCACCUCCGCCUCAAGACCAAACGCGACAGUCUGUGCCUCCGCAACAGCAGGAGUCUCAGCCCGCACAGCAGCCGGGACCUCAGGCUUCGACAUCAUAUCCUUUACCCAGCUCCCUUCCGUUCAGACACAGCCCUCCGGACAUCCCUUCAAUACCUGAUCUAACCACUGAGCGACCAGCAGCUCGGCGUCACUGGACAAUAGCCCGAGGCGUCAGCUCACGGAAGGGGAAGGAAAAAGAGGACGAAGAUGGGGAGGACACGUCAUGGCAAGCACCCCGUGAAGUGCAUCCAGCAGAUUUUGGAUCCUUCUCCAUCCUCGCCGCUGAACUCGGCGAAGAGAUGCGGAGGCGCGGUAUGGCUCCUAUGCUUGUCUACCCCGGCCAGGAGCAACAAAUCCAUUUUAACCAUAUCCGGGAGAGCCUCUCCGUUGACCCCGUGGCGAAGUCAAAACCUGACGGAGAGAAAGCGAGUGCGGUGGACGCAGCUGACCCCCAGGAACAAGCCGACUUGGUCAAAAACUAUUGGACGGCUGAACGAAUAGCCGAAGCAGAGGGUUAUAUUCGUGAUUUGGUGUAUGGAGGUGAAGAUGGGCUCGCGUAUGUGAGGAGUUUGGCGGAGUUUAUGGAUUAUGAACCUGUCUCUGAGGACGAGGAUAUGGAGGUAGACGAGAAGGAUUGGGAACCCGUCCCGCCUGAACGUACCCUCGGAAUGCCCCUGGCGAAAUGGGUCGAGAAGAACAUCGUAGAUCCGCUAACAGAAGGACGACACGCUCUACUCCGCGAGGCAGCUUCAAUACUCUACACUCGUCUUACCAAGGAAGAGAGCGGUAAACCAGCGUCUACGAUACCGUCACCCUUAUCCCCUCACCCUCUGAUCCACCGCGCUGUCGCUGACCAAGUGUCUAAAUCACUCGACCUGUACCCGGUAGCAAACGCCGCUCUUGCUGCGCUCCUUUCGAUCAACCUUCAUAAGAUUGAUAUGGGGGCCUUGAUUAAGGCUCCGAACGAGCUGUUCGAGAGUGAGGAAGAGUGGUAUGGGAAGGAGUUGAAGGAGAGGCGGAAGGCGAAGGGGGAACAGGCUCAGGCUGUUGGGCAGACUGCUUCUGGUGGUUCUGCAACUGGUACUACCACUGGCACUGGAGCUACCACUGGCACAGAUGUUGUCAUGGGAGGGACUACACAGAAUGGUGCUGGUGUGAACGGCACUUCAGCUGAACCGGAGGAUGAUGCCAUGGAGGUAGAGGAAGCGCCGCAGACUUGGGCUGGUGUUGAUGCGAACGUCACUGCUCAAGCACAAGCCCAAGCUCGAGCUCAAGCUCAGGGACAUGGCCAGACUUAUACACCGCCCACAGCCUCGUCCACACCCGGUGCCUACCCUACCAGUGCCUACCCCGCCACUAUCAACCCAGGUGCUUAUCCUGCGAGUGCCAUUCCUACUGCUACCCCGUACUCUGCAGCCGCUACGGUCACCCCCUACUCUACCGCUGCUGCCACCUAUCCUACCACCGCCGCCGCUACCACCACCGCCAUCCCCAACACCGUUACUACCAAGCCCGUUCCUGAAACGGAGUACGAACCUGAAGGACCGGAGGAGCUGAAAGAAGUGUUGGACUAUGCUGCUGCUGUGAUUCUGGAUUUGAAUCGGCGGAAGUUUGGGCCAAGGAGUGGGAGUGUCGGUGUGUCGAGGCAGGGUUCGAGGGAGAUGUCUGAGGUGCCGUCGGUUGAGAAGGAAGCUGGAGAGGGAGGUGCUAAUGGUGAUGGUGCUGUCGAUGGAAUUACAAAUGGGAGUGGAGGUGAAGGAGCUCCUACGACGACCACUACCGAUGGAAGUACGACCGCUGCGACUGGCAAUGGUACAUCUGAAGCCCCAAGUACCGCAGACGGUGUGGAAGACCCAGUCCUGCGCAACCUCCGACUCAACCUUUUGGCGCUUGCCAAACGUGCCCCGCUCGAUACGAUCGCACGGUUACCGAAGGAAUUGGUUCCGGAGCAUAUUAGGCAGUACGUGCCUACUCUUGGGUCGUCGACGUAG